GCUAUUUUAUCUCGAGCAUUAUGUGGUCUUCUGAAUGCCAAAAGCAUGCUUGCAGAAGUUACCAACAAAACAAACCAAAAAGAAGCCUUUUCUCUUCCUGGACUCUGUUGGAGUUUUGGUUCACUUGCUUUAAUUUCAUUCACUGGCUUUAUAGUUGGAUAUUUUCUACUGCCUGAAACUUAUUUUUCUAAUUUUGAACAAAAAUCUCUUUUGCAUUCUAACGUCGAGUUAAGAUCAUCUAACCCAAAUUCUCGAACUUAUACAUACCAUCAACUACGAGGAUUGGAAUUUAGUAAUAUUAAACUGUUAUUAAUCUUAAACUCUGUAGGAAUUUUAAAUCUUAUUGCUAAUUUCCUUCAAAACUCUACACCUAAUUAUAUAAUAGAUACUGCUAAUGGAGUAGCUCAAACCUUGUCAGCUUUGGCUCAUGUUAUUGGUCCUGCAAUUCACA